AUGGCAGACUCCGCCACUGCCAGGGACAAGAAAGUUGUCUUCCGGGAUACUGAAACGAGCACUUCUACUAUCGACUUACCUUCUGAGGCCCCGAUCAGCUUCACCAGACGUGGCCUUAGAACUAUCUACGUCCCACUAGUUAUACUAAUACUCUUCCUAAAUUACUUUCUAGCACAGUAUGACAAGUUUGUAUUGUCAUAUUUCCAAGCCGAGGUUAUUGAAUCCCUGAAUCUUACUUCAACUCAAUAUGGCAUUCUCUCAGGUUAUGCUGUGGGUAUUUUGUAUGCCGUUCUCGCUAUCCCGAUGGCGUACAUCGCAGACUAUACCAGCGCGAGAGUUUGGGUGCUCUCGGUUGCAGCGUUAUGGUGGAGUCUAUGCGUCCUCUUCCAGGGGCUAAGCCGUAACUUCUGGCAAAUUCUGCUAGCAAGGAUCGGCAUGGGUAUUGGGCAGUCGCCCGUUGAAGCACUCAGCAUCAGUCUGAUCAGUGACCUUGUUCCUCUGAACUGGAUCUUUGUAUGCGAGAGCAUCUUCUACAUUGGCGUCUAUGUUGGAGAGGCCGUCAGCGGUCAAAUUGCCACUGCUUUUGAUAAGACAGAUACUCCGUGGAACAGCGCCCUAAAGGCUAUCGGCAUCGUAGGCAUCGUCCUGGCUAUCAUAACGAGACUCAUUCUCCGAGAACCCACCCGCCAACAAAUCGCCGCUGGGAAACUCUUGCCGGGAGCCUCUCAAAUGGAUGAUACCGAGGAUAUGCAUGGCACGAGGAUUGAGCACGGGCAUCGCAUGUUCAAGUUGGCCCUCAAGCAGAUCAUUUCCAUGAAGUCCUUCUGGAUCCUAACAUUGGCGUCGGGAGCUCGACAGUUCUCUGGCAAUGUCUUCGGGUGGUAUAUGCCUUCGUAUCUGUCCUCGAUAUAUCCAACCCAGACAGAAUUGCUCUCGCGAUACGGCAUUAUUGUUGGUGUGGUAGGCUCGGUCGCGGUUGUGCUUGGAGGUGUGAUCUCUAGUCUGGUGUCCGAGCACGCUGCAGCAGUUCUAUCCCUCACCGGCAUUGGUGGAAUGAUCUCUGCGCCUUUUGUCAUAUGUAUGGUCUUCAGCCUGAAACUAGCUGGUGGAGACGAGGAAGUCGGGGUUCGCAUUCUCUAUGGAGUCAUGAGUGCUGCGUAUCUGACGGCAGAGCUUUGGCUGGGAAUUUUUGCUUCCAUCCUAGCACUUCUGUUCCCGGCUCGGACCAAGACGUUCUGUCUAGCCAUCUACACCAGCACAAUUGUGCUCAUCUACUCCAGUGCUCCUCAGAUUAUCGGUCUGGCAUUGAGAAAUUUUGAGCCUGGCUCUCCCGCAUACCUCGAAAAAACCAGAGAUAUCCUGGCCAUAUUGAUCCCUAUUGGGUAUUGGCUUGGAGGAGCUGGAUUCUUACUCGGUAUACGACGGGUCAAGCAAGACAUUGCGAGUGGGAGGUCCUUGGACGACGGAGCUGGAAUGUCUGGCUCUAUCGGUCGUAUCAGUACGAGGAGAAAGCUGGCUUUCUCAGCGUUCGGCGUUGUUCUGGCAGCUUUGACCGUAGCUCUCCUAGUAACGAGCCUGACUAUAAAUACAUAG